AUGGCCUUCUUGGAGGAUGACGACGCCAUAAGCGCCUUCGAGGCGGCGCUGUCGUUCGUGGAGCAGUAUUCGAUUGACACAUCAAUGUUCACAGCGUCCCCCUCUACUGCUGGGGCGUCUAGCGCAGCCCUGUCUCUAGUUGACGAUAUCGAUCUCCUGUCUCCCAGCAUCACGCCUCUUGCGUCUACUUUGUCGACUAAUUAUGUCUUUCCUGGGGCUAGCAGCGACACAUCAAUGAUAUCUCCAUCUUCUCCAGCGUUUAAACUAUCGAAGGAGCCUCCUUUAAGGCUUGAACUCGGUCUGCCAAGUACAGGGGCGGUCACAACCAAGAGAAAGGGAGUUGGUCGAGGCAGAAAGAAGGAGACAGGUGGUCCCAAGAAGCCCGUCACAAGAGGAGACCCCAACCGGGCCAGAAAUGAGCGCAAAAUUGAACUGGCUUAUCUCCGAGAGAAGGUGGCGCAGCUGGAGCUGGAGCUGCGAGCGCUUAAGCUCCAUCCGAGAACGCAGACGAGGGCCAUUCGUCACGAGGGGGGGAAACAGCGGAAAGAGACCACGAAGAAAGAGGCAGAAUCCCACUCGACCAUGUCGGUGUAUGACUCAGUGCAGGCUCCGACAGUGUGGAAGGAGGUGGCGUGUCGUCAGCGCAGGAGGAGAGAGAAGGCGGAGCGCGAGAACGUCCGCCUCAAGCUCAUUUUGGAGAAUCAGAUCAGGAUGGCAAGAGGUCUGGAGAGUUUAUUGCAAAAGAGAGCCAGGCAACAAGUGGUUGAGUGCGCCAGCUUGUCACAGACCAAGAAGUCCAAGUAUUCGCAGGGACGUACACUGGACUUCAGGGCAGAUGUCAACGACUUCACGGACCUAUUGGCGCAUCUCGACAGGGCGUAUCGCGAAGUGGAUGCAGUAUUUGCUGCGAAUGGCCUGGCCAAUAUGGAAACGACACAUCGUGAUGCUAGGAUGCGUGAGGGAGCCGACUGCAUGUACCUUGAUAUUUUCGCAAACAAAGUCGUGCCGUUUGGUAUGCGCGCAACAGCCCAAGCGGUGUGA